AUGUUUGGAUCAAUUAAAAAUAGAAUUCCUCCGGUUGUGUAUAAAAUAAGUUACGUCGCAACGAGCAUUUGUGGAAUUUAUCUUUUGAGAGAUACUUUCAGCGGAUCAAAAUUUGAUAAAGACGUAAGAUGUGAUAAAAAAGUUGCCGUUGUUACGGGUGGUAAUUCAGGGAUUGGUAAAGCCACUGCUGAAGCUCUAGCACAAAAAGGAGCUGUUGUAUAUUUAUUAUGCAGAGAUAAAUACAGAUGCGCAACGGCUAGAAAAGAAAUUGUUUUAAGAACAAAAAACAGAUAUGUUUAUGCAAGAGAAUGCGAUUUGGGAUCAUUGAGUUCGGUUAGAGCUUUCGUCGAAGAAUUCAGAAAAGAAGAGGAAAAGGUAGACAUAUUAAUAAAUAAUGCUGGAGUUUGGAGAGUACCGAGAGAAAUAACCAAAGAUGGAUUUGAAGUACAUUUGGGUGUUAAUCACAUGGGUCAUUUUUUCUUAACAAAUCUUUUAUUGGAUCUUCUAGUCAAAGCAGCACCUAGUCGUAUAAUAAAUGUAUCUGCCGGUUGUCAUUCGAAGGGAAAAAUAAAUAAAGAUGAUUUGAAUAGCGAUAAUAACUAUUCCGAAAAAGAAGCUUACUAUCAAAGCAAAUUAGCUAAUAUUUUAUUUACUAAAGAAUUAUCUGAAAGAUUAAAAGGAACUGGAGUAACAGCAAAUGCAGUCGAUCCGGGAACAACGGCAACAGAUUUAUAUCGUGUAAAUGAUUCUUCCAUAAUUACAACAAUAGGAACAUAUUUUUUAAAACCGUUUAUUUGGAUAUUUGCAAAAUCUCCCUCAGGAGGUGCUCAAACUGUACUCUAUGCUGCAUUAGAUCCAGAUUUGGAAAAAGUCACUGGAAAAUAUUUCGAAGAGUGUAAAGAAAAGGAAGUGGCACCACAAGCAAAUGAUGAUAAAAUGGCUAAAUGGUUAUGGGCAGUUAGUGAUAAAUGGACGAAAUUAAAGGAAUAUCCACGUGAUGAAAAUGGCUACGUAGUUUCUGCUGCUUGGCGAUCUUCUUUUGCUUGUUCAGCGGGUUCGGUGAUUUUACAAUUGCUAAAAUAA